UUUAACCUUCCAACUGUAUUAGAGGCUAUGAAAAUCAACGAUAGGCCUUUUCUGAAUCGAAAGCAAAAAAAAUGUAUUGGGCAUUUUCGAGAGCCCUUUCUUUUUCUCUCUUAGAGACGAUUGAUUAAACUCAUUCCCCUUUGGGUUCAUUUAGACAUCGAAAAUGGCUUCGUCUGCGCCACAGGGAUCUGCUGAUCCUCUCACCGGGAAAGAUCCGGCGAAGGCUUUAACAGCUGUAGCGUCUGGAUUCUUCGAGAAUGUGAAGAAGAACAAGCAAAGCUUCUUCCAGUUCUUCGCCAUGACUGGGAUUUUGCUUCUGAGUUUCCGAUCGGUAAGUCAGAAGUACCGAAUUCACGAUCUGGAGGAAGACACUGCUGUUCUCAAGAAGGAGCAAGAUAGUUUGACGGAUCGUAUGAGUAAAAUCAAGAGCGAUCUUCUUCAUCAAGCUUCGAUUGACUCUACCGGCGUCUUUGCUUCUCGUCUCCGUCUACUUUUCGGCGACGAUAAAAAGUGAACGGAGAUUUGAUUGAUUUUAUGUCAACGAGGUUACCAUUUUCUUACUCGUAUGAUGGUUAUUGUAGUUCUGAAACACAUGUCUCUGCCUGUAAUGGCUCUGUCUUUAGAUUGGAAGGUUUUAGCUAAUGAAUGAGUAGGGUUUUAAAGGUUGAUGUGAUUCAGACAACGGUGUAUCGUUUGACUUAUUUGAGAAUCUGUUUCGUAUUUACUUUGUUGUGGCUGAAUCGUUUGAUUUAGUUUCGAUCAAGCAAUUGUAAGUUUCUUCUGAGGCAUUUCAUCGAACA